AUGAGCGAAGCCGACGUCAGACGGCGCCUGGCCAGCGAGCAGGAGCGGCGCCGCAAACAACAGCAGCAGCAGCAGCAGCAGCAGCAGCAGCAGCAGCAGCAGCAGCAGCAGCAGCAGCAGCAGCAGCAGCAGCAGCAGCAGCAGCAGCAGCAGCAGCGACCUGCUUGCGCGCCCACGGACGGCGCAGCGCCACCGCAUGACGCAAUCGCCACGCCCGCCGCGGGCGCCGACGGCUUUGCAGAUUUCGCGGCGGUUUGCGAGGCGGGCGUGAACUUCGUGACCCGAGAGUUCUUCUCGGCGUCGAUCUUGGCCGGCGCGCGGCAGCCGGAGGGGCAGCAUCGGAUCGCGCUGCACUCCAGCCAUGCGCCGCCAGGCGCGCCGCGGCGCGCGCCGCCGCCGGCCGCAGAUGCUCCUCAGGAUGUGGAUUCAGGAAAGGGCGAAGGCAGUGAGGACGGGCGUGGGAGUUGCAAGCGGCGGGGGCGCGCUGCGAGCGAGGAGCCGCGGCACGAGGGGUCACGAGCAAGCGAGGACGCGGGCGGCGCGUCACCGGAUGGCACGGAGAUGCCGGCUGCGCUGGUUUCGAGCGAUCGGAAGCGACGGCCGCGGCCGGCUGCGCAGGCUGCUGCGCGGGUGCCGCCCCCCGAGGAGAUCUGCCUGCCGGGGCGGCCGUGGGGCGAGGGCGGGCGGUGGAUCGAGCAAUGGGACGAGCAGGCGGCGCUCGCCAGCAGGGCGCUCGUGAUGAACCACUGGCAUGCCUGGAGGGAGCCAAGGGACGAGCAAGAGGAAGCCGAGCAGGCACAGCGGGCUGCGCCCGCGCAUGGUGCGUCAGCCGCCCCUGGCGGCGCCAACGCCGGAGACCCGGGCCGCGCCGGUCCCGGGGACGGCAGCGGCGGCGGCCGUCAAAGCGGCGGGCUGGACGGGGCCGGGGAGGGCAGCAGCGCUUCAGACGACAGCGGGCACGGGUCUGACGGCGAGCGCCGCGGGCGCCCACGCAAGCGGCGGCUGCGGGGCAGCGGCGGCAGCGGCGGCGCGAGCAGUGGUGACAGCAGCGACGGGUGGGAGGGACCAGGGUGCGGCCACGCAGCGUGCGGCAAGGCGGCCUGCUGUAUCAUUGAGGAGCUGCAGCUGCAAAAGCAGCUUCUGGCGGGCCAGCACCAGGCUCAGUACCGGCAGAAGCCCCUCACAAAAGCCAUAGGGACCCUGCUGGCCCUGGACAGGCCGCUGCUAACAAAGGACCUGCCACAUCUCAUUCAAGGGAAGGGGACGAUCGAUAAGGUCAGGGAGAUCCUGUCCACCGGCCGCCUGGAGCGCAACAGGGCGAUGCAGGGCAACGAGAGGUUCAGCGCCAUCAGGCUGUUCGUGAAGGUUUGGGGCGUCGGGGAGAACACCGCAGAGCGCUGGUACCAACAGGGCUGCCGCAGCCUGAAGGACGUGUCCGCACUGCCGGGGCUCAAUGAGCAGCAGAGGGUGGGCCUCAAAUACUUUGAGGAUUUCGAGAAGCGCAUCCCGCGUGACGAGGUGGCGGAGGCUGAGGGCAUCCUGACAGACGCAAUGGCGGAGGUCUUCCAGACCAAGCCCGAGUUUGGUGCGCCGGGCAUGACGCGGCAGCAGCUGCUUGACGCCAGGAUGCACGUGCGCGUCACCGGGAGCUACCUGCGCGGUCAGCACGAUACCGGCGACAUCGAUGCCGUCGUCGCGCCGCCACCCAUGUGCGGCAACCUGCCGCUCCCACCCGUAAUGGAGGCCCUGCUGACCAUACUCCACGCGAGGGGGGUCAUUACUCAGGACAUGCGCUUCGACACCGGCAGGCGCGCACCUGCGGCUGGGGCGCCCUCGGGCAGCCACAUGGUCGUCACCUACAUGGGGGUCUACCCCUCGCACCAGCUGGCCCUGGCUGUGAUCCAUUUCUCGAGUGGCCAGGCCUUCAACCGGGCCAUUCGCUACUGGUGCACCUGCCCGACGCUGGCCACCCAGGACCGCGCGCGCGCGCUCAACCCGGCCGGCAACUCGUUCCGCCUGGGCGACGACAAACUCAUCGUCAUAUACCGCCCCCAGGCUCUCAGCCAGCUGCGCGUGCUCGACGCGAUCACAGACGGCACGCUCUCUGUCCCCGGCGUCCGCGUCGCCGGCGGCUUUGCGCUGCGGGCAGACGGGGAGGACGGGGAGGGCGGCGUCGCCGAGGCGUUCGCGCGGCGGGAAAGGGACCUGUUUGACGCGCUCGGGCUCGCGUACAUCCCGCCGCACAUGCGCAACGUGUAG